AACAACAGAAUUCACUGCACCUAACCUGCUUUGACAGUAAAACCUUAACAGAGGAUGAAGCGACAGAGAGAUGAACAAGAAAAAAUGGACAUAGUGUGGCAAACUCCCGCUAAUCCUCCGCAACGCCAUGAUUACAUCUUCCGCGACGGGAUAAGAUAUGUUAGACCCUACUACUUUGAAUUCAUAUCUCAUGCGAAGAAUAGGUGGGCGGGGAAGACGAUUGUAGAUUUAUUUGCAGAGGAAUUCAAAGGACGGCCGCACGAUUAUUAUGUGUCUGCUGUGAAAGCUGGACGGAUACAAGUUGAUGGACAGAUAGUACCUGUUUCGUAUGUAGUUCAGCCAUCACAAAAAAUAAGCCACUUUUUGCACAGUUGUAGGCAUGAACCACCAGUGAUGGCAUUGAAUGUUGAGAUUCUCCAUCAAGAAUCAGAUGUCUUAACUGUUUGUAAGCCUGCAUCAGUUCCAAUCUCCUCUCUCUGCCACUUUCUCAAAUUAGGUGCAUCCGUGUGGACAAUAUCGCAAGAACACUGUUGUAGGUAUCCUUCAGGCAGAGUAUGACUUGGCCCCAUUAUUUCGUAUCCUACCUCUUUUUGGCAGAGAUGAGUAGCAUAAAUGUUCAACUAAUUUAAGGUUGUGCCAAACUUUGUGGCGGAGUUCAUAUCUUAUUUUUUUG